AUGAAGAUGACAAUAGUUAUUUGGAGAGUAUUGUUCAACAGUGUUACGCUCCCCUCCCAAACGCCUUUUUCUCAUCACAUGAUUUUGUUUACCAAUAUCUGUUUCUAUGUGAGGAAAUGUGUACGAAGCAUCUCCAUCUCUUCAUUAGGCAAUAUCCUCUCCGCGGAGCCCCGUCUUUUACAACUCAAAUCCCCAGCGUAUGUUUUUGGAGAUUUCCACGGCAACCUAGCCGACCUCCUCGCAUUCGCUCGCACAUUGUGGCCACUCGGCAUUCAUCUCACUCCGGGCACUUUUCUCUUCCUCGGCGACUACGUCGACGGGGGCCUCUUCGACCUGGAGCUGCUCUCCUACCUCUUCUCCCAGAAGAUCAUGUUCCAUGACAAAGUGUUUCUUCUUCGUGGAAACCAUGAGAUUCGGUCCGUCAACAGCGGUUCUCUGUCUUCUCCGCUCUCUUCUUUUCUCGAUCAGCUUCGAUCCCGUUUCCCCGAAGACCUCGCUCUCACCCUCUGGGACCGCACCAACCAAGUCUUCGACCACCUCCCGCUUGCCGCGGUUAUCGACGACGUUCUGUUCUGCGUUCACGGCGGCGUGCCGCGGCCUCACCGCGACCGAUCGCCGCGCUCCAUCGCCCAGAUCCGGCGGAUUCCCGCGCCCUUCGACCCCUCCAAGGAUUCGGCGCAGUCGGACCCGCGGGAAUCGGACGAUCUGGAGACCAGCGAGUUAGUGGCGGAUUUGUUGUGGCCGCGUCCCGCGGGGACGGGGGAGGAGGGCGCGUGCGGGGGCUCGGGGGAGGGAGAAAGCGCGGUUCGUCGGUUUUUGGCGGGAAACGGUCUGACGCACGUGCUUCGGGGACAGGAUUCGACGAUGGAGGGCGUUUCCGUGGGGAAGGACGCGCGCGAUAUCGCGAUUUGUAGUACAUCGGGUGGACUUCGAAAUGGAAACGCGUUGUGUGGAUGCAUUUUGAUCGAUGGGGAAACGCUCUAUGCGAUUAACCGUCCGAAUGGAACAGUGGCGGAGGGAGAAGUCGGUCAGAAUGAUUUCGUGGCGUAGAGGUGUUCGCAUCUCUCGCAAUUAGAGUGAUUUGUUUUUUGUUAUUGA